CUGCUCCUCCGGUUCACACGCUGCAGGAUUCAGACGCUCACAGGAGGAAUGCGUGGCAAAAUAUCGCGUCUGUUUGGAUUUCCAGAGAGGAGCACGCUCUUUUAACUAGUGCAUUUUCAUUUCUAGCAUGAUAGCUCUUCUCUGGAGCCGAUAAAGGCGUUAAAAUGUCUCACCAGUCGCGGUUUGUCCAGCUCUCCGCCGCCUCGCUCGCCGUGGUCUUCGGCCCGGACGAGGAGAUUUCGCGCGCCGGCGGAGGGAAACUCAAUGCUAACACUACGAGUGGCCAGGAGAUUUUUGCGGACUUCAAGGCGCAAAACUUGCGCAGUUUUUGGAAUAAGAGACUCGUAAAGGCCAUGGCUGAAGUUUACUUUCAGGGAUGGAUGGAAAACAUGGUGCUUUUCAUUCAAGGGAACGCGAACAACUUGGAGGUGCUGAGAGAAGCGUGGAUGCGCAGAGCUCUGAGGUCACCUAAGGGAUUUAUCAUUAAAGCUGUCGGUGACCUGUCCCCGGUGCAGAUGUCCCCUGUCCCCCAGUCCCAGUUCAUUCCCUUGGCUGAGGUGUUGUGCUCCGUCAUCUCAGACAUGAACUCUUCACAAAUCACCGUCAACCAGGAAGCACUUAUCAACUACAUGAGCAAAGCCCACCCAGGGAUAACCAUCCCGACUCAGGACAUCCUCUACAAUGCUCUAGGCUCUCUGAUCAAGGAGCGUAAAAUUUACCAUACAGGUGAGGGCUACUUCAUUGUCACGCCUCAGACCUAUUUCAUUACCAACACCAUAGUCCGAGAGAAGAACUGGUGGACCUCUGGUUCAGCUGACGACCCCCCCUCACCUCCUCCUAUUACUUACCUUCUGAGCAAUGAUGCCUGUGUUGAGAACACCCAGACGCUGCCAGUGGCGCACUGCAAGUCAUGCAGCUGCUUCAGUCCUCAACAAACCUCCACCAAUAUCGCCUCAACGACAGUAACAGCCACUGUCCCUCCCUCCACGGUCCCAGACCAGCAUUCUGUCUCCGUUUCCAUAAGUGAAUGCACAGGCAAGAGCUUAAAGUGGCCUCGACCGAUAGAUCACAAACCCACAGUGCAGCAUCAGUCCACCUCCACAGCCGCAGAUUGUCAGGCAAGUGAGAUAAGCAAAACUACAGCCACUUCUAACGCCACGGGCCGCAAAGACAAAGACAACAAACCAGGGAGGAAGUUCGGUCUCAGUUUGUUUCGGAGAAACGGAGCUAAAAAAGAGAAGCCAAAGAAAGAAUAUGCAUCAUUUUCAGCCCAGUUCCCUCCAGAGGAGUGGCCGGUAAGAGACGAGGACGACCUGAACAACUUACCUCGUGACCUGGAGCAUGCGAUCAUCAAACGCAUCAACCCUGAACUGACUGUGGACAACUUGACGCGUCACACGGUGUUAAUGAAGAAGCUGGAGGAGCGAAGGGAGAGGGGCGUAGAGAGGGUGUUGGACAGGGUUUUGGAUAAAGACGAUAAAGGAGUAGACAAGGGAAUGUCUACUGAGAUCCUUGCAUUCUCAAAACCCAGGCAUCAUCACUCCUCUAAGGCAGGGAAAAGGUCCGCUCAUAAAGGUUCUCGCAGCAAGAGGAAGGCCCAUUCCUCCAGGGAAAAGCAGAGGGAAAGGGUUAUCAGUAAGGCUCCCAUAUGUGCUGACGAUCAUCCAGAGGGAGAGGAUUUGAUCCCUGCUCGGCUCAGAGUGGAAAUCCCUAUUGAUGAACCAGAUCAAGUGGAAGAAGGUGGAGCCGUUGAGGGGAAAUCUCUUUACAAGAAACGUAUUGAAAACCCUUUUCAGACUCAUCCAAUCAAAGACCCUGAGGCCAUUAUCCCUGCUAUCAUCAACAAAGAGCACAGAAGACGAGAGUUGAAAGAGGGCAAGGUUUUGGGGCCAGGGAGAAAGGAUCGAAUAAGUCACCGAUCCAAAUCGUGGGACCCGCAUCGCGCCAAAGCGAUCACGGCGGAUGGAGAGCAUGCAGGGAAAUCCCCUACAUCUGAGGACAGGUAUGACCAUGUGCAUGAGAUGGACUAUAGUGCUGACCAUCUGCUCCAAGCAGACAUGAAGCUCAACAGAGAGCUGCCGCUGGACUACAGCUCUGUGUACCCACAGAGUUGUACGCUCCGAAUAGACGACAAGAUCCGACAUCAGAAGGAGGGAAACAGCAAGGAGAGCUGGGAGAGAGAAGCCAAUAAUGAGCCUGAUCACAAUCGAACCGUAGAUGACACCCUCCAGUACUCCAAUACCAUUCUCCCUACCCAUCCUUACGAGCCUGUCAUAAACCACUCAUAUGACCCAACUCCGCCCUGGCCCAAGCCCUCUUUACAGCGGAAACACUCCCUCAGACUCUCCAACCCUCAGAGGGAUGAUCAGAGGCUGGAACUUUCUUCACACCAGAAGAACUGUGAAACUACAACCACCCAGGAACAACGAGAGAUAAGACCUGUCACUAUCAGCAACAGCAACAGCAACAGAGAGCAAAGGACCAUGAGCCAGGGAGAAAGACCAGAACUGAUACCUAAUAGCACAAUACCAGACACUGAUCUCUUUAUAGAGGAUGACUGCAGGCUUUAUCAGAGAACAGAUGACCAGGAGGACGAGGACGCCUGUAGCUCCUUGUGUCUGAAUGAGGAGGAGAUUAUCAAUGCUGCAAGUGCGUACCAAACAGGUGCAGCGGACUGCCAUGGCCACCAGUUGGUUUACAAAACCUUGAAUCUGAUUUGCAGUAUCAGGGACAUCAGCAUCACUAUUAUAACUUCCACCAACCACAAAUUGCCUCACAAGAUUCAAGGGACAGCACUUUCACAGAUCUCAUUCCUUCAACAACCCAGAGGGAAGCUUCCCUCAGUCCCACCAGAUCUGGAGAGACCAGCUGGAGACUUCACCAUCCUCGUCAGAGGACUCAGUCACCGGGGGCCCAAAGUGAAUCGCCCCAGACAAGGCACAUUGAUCCAGGUGGAGAGACGACAUGAGGUUGAUUUGGAUUGUCCCGAACCAUCUGAAGUUGCAGACAGUAGCAUCUUUGACUACUGCCAGACCAGUGAAAUAGAGUCAGACACAGAGACUGUACGCAAGUCAGCCGAUGAUGGUGACGGUGAAUCUGCUCACUGGGCAGCUGAGGUCGAGGAAGCCAAGGAGGACAUGUUUGAUGAGACAGGUGUCCCUCAGACCCACAGAGCUGUUAUGAAUUCACCCGAUGGAGCCAGAGGGGCCGAGACCAGGGAAGCGGUGGAGAUGGGGGAGAACCAGAGCAUCACGGGAGACAGCGGUAUAGAUUCUCCUCGGACCCGCGUCAGUCUGGUCUCCAGCAACACCGUCAUUCUGGAGGGUCUCAAGAGAAGAGGUUUUUUGCAAAACUUGGAGAAGCUGCACUCAAAGAGCAGCGGCAUUCGACCACAGAGCUCACUGCUACAGCUGACUCCUGUCAUGAACGUGUAGCAGCCCCGAGUUGCCUGCCGAGACUUUUUGUUGGAGCGGACUCAUGUUCUCAUGUUGCUCUGUAUGAACAGGCCAAAACCAGGUGACUGACUCUUCAAAUUUAUGCAACUGCUGCAGUAUAUCAUAAACCUAUCUAUUAAGGAUGGUUUACACUUUGUUGCCUACCCACAUACUGAUGAUGAUGAUUGAUAUAUAUAUAUAUAUUUCAAUUACUCUUUGUAAAUAAUUUUAAAGGGAAUUGCUCAGAUUUAUUCAUUCACGAACCACAUUGUGAGUGUGCUGUUAAAUACAUGGUAUAUCUACAGCUUUUUGAGAUAUAAAUGUACAGUUUUUCUUCUCCAAAUCUCUAAUUAGUUAAAAUGUUCAUAGCAUGAAUAACAUCUCCUAGUGUUUCCUUUUUCUCUUGUUAUGUAGCAAUUACCACAAAUAAAAUUGUGUAUGUCAACCAAUGUGAUCCUUGUUGUAAUAUCACUUCCUAUAAAACAUUUA